CGUCCAUAAAGUCCUUAGCGAGGGGUCCCUCCCUGCCCUUGCCCUGCUUGGGGAGAGGCCAGGGGAAGUUGGGGAGACCAGCAGCCCUGCUGGGGAGAUAGACACGACCCAGACUGCCAGCACUCCCAGCAUUCCCCGGUCUGGGCAUGGCGGCAGAAGAAGUAGGCAGACCACCGCUCCUACCACCGGCCACAGAGAGGCAGGAGUCACAGCCAGUAACAUCUUUGAUGUUAUUUUUCAUCAGACGCACUCCGACACUGACCGGGAACCACCAGGAGUUCAGCAGUGAGGAUGAUGUUUCACUGAAUGACAUCACGGGCAUUAAGUUAACACCACCAGUGGAGCCCCUAGGGCAGAUCCUGUCCUCAUGGAAGCUGGUCAACAGGAUCUUCAGGGGGAAGGUUCACUACUUUGGGAAGGAGCUCAUCUGCAAGGUGUAUCAGAUGCUUCUGGACACCGGUAUGGGAAGGAGGCCAAUGGCCCGCCAGAGCAGGUCCGAGCCCAUCCUGAAAGACCUGGCUGCCAACCGUAGGCUCUCCGAUGAAUUUUUCACAGACGUGCUGUACAUGUUCAUCCAACGGGCCAUUAAGAAUCUGCUGGAGAACUUCUUGGGCCUGCCGACCACCCCACCGGGUAGAGACAUUAUGUGGAAUGACAACUUCAACUGGAUGUAUAGGGACGGCUGGGGGGAGACCCCCACAUCCAGCGAGAACGAGUUGUGGGACAGCGACUCCACCUGGUCACUUGACCUUGGAGAGAAGGAGGGGGCAGAGUCCAGUGGGAGGUGGGCCGCUCUGUUAGAGAGGGGUAGCUUCCUGACCCUCCAGUCCUCCAGCUCCCUCUCCGAUGACAACAAGGAGGCACUAGGGGCCGUCUGCCAGGUCCUGACCACCAGGGUGGGAGACAUCCUGAACAGUACCUGCAACGACGAUUACAAGGCUAGGCUCAUCAUCCAGAAAGGAUUGGAUUCCGGUGCCAGGGAAAGGUUCCCUGGCUCUCCGUGUUCCUCUUCACCCAAGGACGAAGAGGAGGUGGUUGUAAGUGUCAUGACUGUCUCAUACCCUAAACCCUCCACCUCAACCCAGGCAGCAUGGGCAGCUCCUGCCCAGACUCUGGACGGUUUUCUGCCCAGACCCUGCCUGGAUGAAGAAGAGGUAGUCCCCAGCACCUCCAUGAAGGACGACUCUGUGACGACCACCCAUGCAGCACGGGCAGCUCCUUCCCAGACCCUGGAAGAAGAGGUGGGGUGCGCUGAGGUCUCUGAGAUGAGUGACAGCUCCCUGAUGCCCACCAAGAAGAGGCAGGACCCCCUGGAGAAGAUUCCCUCCCUACUACCAGGCAAGGAGCACAUCCUCCUUCGCAGCACUCCCUGGGCCACCGUCAUGAGCCCCCAGACUCUGAAGUUUAUUCUCCACGGCAUCAUGUGCCGACUGGAGGCCUCAGAGUCCCCCCAGACAAGGAGGGCCAAUGACCCCUUCAGGCUGAUGAAGGAUCUCUUUGUGGAGGUCCAGCAUGCCCUGAAGUAUGCUGACAUCUCUGUCGUCUUUGGCCUGGAGGAGAGCAUCCAAUUCAGUGGGGAGGAUGCGGUGAAGGCCAUUGUGAAGACUGCGGCUAAAAGAUUGUCCCUGCUUUCGGACUCCAACCGGGCUCAACUUCGUGCCGCACGCUCUGGUAGCGAGGGAGCCAUCAGGUACAUGGCGGACAUCAUCACACAAGUCAUAGAUGACUAUUCCGAGGACUGGAGUUCCGACGGCCAUUUUGGAGCCAGGAGGAGCCGUGGUAGUGGGAGGUCACACUCCUCAACCUCCUCAAGGAGUGACGUCACCCUCACCGAGGAGCUCCUGGCUUGGAGGGAAACUCUAGAAGAGGACCUAGAGGAGAUGGCUGAUGACAGCACUGGUUUGGAAAAGACCAGUGUAAGCUCAGCCAUCUCUGAGAAGUCCCAGGUAAUUAGCUACCUUUCUGAAAGCACCAAGCCCAUCAGCAGCGCCCUCUCCACAGACCUCGAGGACAUCACCUCCAAAAAGGUGAGACGGCCAAGAACCAGUAGAUCGGCUGUUUGAUUGUGAGGCAUCGACUCAUGUCUGUUUCUCUCUCUACUAAGAAGAAAGAGAAGGAAGAGGCUAUGAAGAAAGAAGUGAGGAAGUCAGGAAAGAAGAAGCGAGGAAAUAACAAGAACCAGAAGAAGAACAAGGUGUCUCCUCUUGGCAAUGAUAGUAAGUCCUCAUUUCUGUCAGUCAACAUGUGCAUCUGUCUUCAGCACACUAUUGUAAUGUAAAGACGGGAGACUAUGAUGAAGUUAUCAGGGUCUUAUUCAUUAGCCACUAAAUGGAAGACAGCGGACUAAAACAGGGAGGAACUUUCUUGAACUUGCCAAUAACAAAUGCUUGUUUUUGUUUCCGUUUAAAAAUAUUUUGCUACUGUGUACCCUAAUGAACACAACCCUGAUUUCAUGCCUUGUUCUCUGUCACCUGUUCAGGUACUGUGGCUGAAGAUGAGCUUAAGAAAAAACAGGCUCUCCUCCCGCGGAUCACAGCCGCCCUGGCAAAACUAUUUUGCUUCCCCUGCAAAAAAAAACUGCAAAAAGUAACUGUGCAGAAGACGAGUUUGGGAAAACCCUGCUGCCACCUCCCCCAACCCACUUUCUAAAUAAACUCUUGAAGCCAACAGAAGAGGGAGGGAGACCAUCCCCCCUACUCACAACUCAUUUUAUUACACCACAUUUAAUUCAAUAAACACAACUUGCAUCUAUUUUGAUCUUCUUCUUCUUGAGUUUUAUUUUUAAAGACCCACCUGCAUGCUAUAGAUUCUUAAGGUCAAUUUGCUGUCUACUACAGUAUCAUUGUUAUGAGUAUGUUCACUGUGCCAGUCAUUAUAGCCAGUAUAGGCUAUAAUAAUGCCCUAACCUAAUUGCAAUUGACAUAAAAAGAGUUACAUUUGAAUAAUUCCCUCAUUUUAUAUAUUGUUUUUGAGGGCAAAGUGGGUGGGGUUAUAUCCUUCCUGUUUGGCCCUGUCCGGGAGUAUCAUCGGAUGGGGCCACAGUGUGUCCUGACCCCUCCUGUCGCAGCCUCCAGU